AUGCUUGCUAAGUGGAGGCUUCAACCUUCGUCUAUUCCAACUUAUCAGCGGGCUUGGAGAUUAUUUUACCAAUUUCUCACUACGAUUUUCCAUUCUGUAAGCAAACCUUUUCCCUUUGCGCCCCAUACGUUGGCUCUGUUUAUUGCUUUUAUGUACGACAAAAAAUAUGCUCCAUCUACUGUGAGUUCAUAUGUUUCUGCAUUGGGCUAUUCUCAUAAAUUUUUAGGCCUCGCUGAUCGCACCAAAGCCUUCUUUAUUAUCCAGCUUUUAAAAGGUUAUGGUAAGAUAGGCUCACGCCUUGAUAGCCGUCUACCUAUCACCCUUUCAGUGCUUAACAGAAUUAUUGAGUCAUCGGCCCAGCUUACUAUAGCCCAUUACCAAAGUCUUCAAUUCAGGGCCAUGUGCUCUAUAGCAUUUUUUGCCUUCUUGAGAAUUGGGGAGAUCACCUACAAUUCAUCGAAAGAUGCUCAUGUCCCCUUGCAGGUUCAUCAGCUAUCUAAGUUAUUAGAUCCCUCCAAGCAGGUUGUGGCUCUUAAACUCACGUUUGGCAAUUUUAAGCAUAAUUACAAUCAGUGUCCAUUUUCUGUGAUUUUACACCGCCAUAAUUCUUGCUGUCCAGUACAAUUGCUACUGGAGUAA